AGCUCCAAAAACCCAUUCUCACCAUAGCAACCAGAGAAGAACUUAAACACUUCAUGAUCAGUGUUAAAGGGGCUUGAAAAACCGGACCUGCUUUGUUGUGGCACACUGAGAUCUAUUAAAGACACCAUACUGAAGAGAAGCACGACUUCAUGGAGUAACUGGCACUAAGAGCCAAAAGAGUGGUGACUCGCCGAGGCAUGGGCUCUACAAGACCCCUGAAGGUGUCCUGUGGUAUCUUGCACCAAGACAUUAGUAGCAGAUCCUUCAAGUUCUGUAAGUUGCGAGGUGGAGCCGCCGUGGAUCGGACUUGUUGGUUCAGCACAUCCCACAGAUGCUCAAUCGGAUUGAGAUCUAGGGAAUUUGGAGGCCAAGGCAACACCUUGAACUCUUCCUCAUGUUCCUCAAACCAUUCGCGAACAAUGUGUGCAGUGUGGCAGGGCGCAUUAUCCUGCUGAAAGAGGCCACUGCCAUCAGGGAAUACCAUUGCCAUGAAGGGGUGUACCUGGUCUGCAACGAUAUUUAGUGCAUCCUGGUGCCAUCACUUCCCCAGGUAAAAGGCACAAAUGUAUACAACCGUCCACGUGAUGUAAAAGAGAACGGGACUCAUCGGACCAGGCGAACUUCUUCUACUGCUCCAAGGUCCAGUUCCGAUGGCCACGUGCCCAUUGCAGGCACUUUUGACGGUGGACAGGGGUUAUCAUGGGCACUCUGACCAGUCUGCUGCUACGCAGCCACAUGCGCAGCAGGAUCACUGUCGGUAGGGACUCACCACUGCUGACUGGAAGCACCCCACAAGCCUCGCCCCUUCAGAGAUGCUCUGACCCAGUUGUCUGGCCAUAACAAUUUGGCCCUUGUCAAAGUCACUCAGACUGUCUUCCUGGCAUGGCUCGAGCAAGCACAGAGGUGCAAUGGAGGUGGAUGGAACUCCAUGACAUUGUGUCCAUGGGCUCUGUGGAGAGGAGAGUCCGUACGGCUGCAGGGACCAGACAGUGGAGGAUCCAUCGCCGGCCCAAACCCAGACACUCGCUCCUGGAUGAGCACAGGCUCCAUCAUGCUGCUUGGGAAGGUUGUCUGGAGCAAGUCAAGGCCAUGCUUGAACGUGGGGUUCCUGCUAACUGCCAGGACACAUAUGGUUGGACAGCUGUCCACCAUGCUUCUUUCAGGGAUCAUCGCACACUGGUCAAGUUCCUGUUGCAAACAAGCCAGGUUGAGGUAAACAGCCAGGACUUCUUUAACUGCACCCCUCUGCACCGCUCCUGCAGCGGAGGAAACCCCGAGACCACAGAGAUUCUCCUCCAGAAGGGGGCGUCACUUGAGGCACGGUCCUGCUCAGGUCAGACACCCCUGCACCUGGCUGCAGCCAAUGGACACCUGGGCACAGCUCGCGUUCUGCUCCAGCACUUGGCUUCAGUGAACCCUCAGGACUUUCAUAAGUGGACACCCCUGCACUGGGCAGUGUUUGGAGGCUGGGGAGAUGUGGCCGAGCUCCUGCUGGAUAAUGGGGCAGAUGUGGAGGGAGGUAAAGGUAUGGGCAUGAGCCCACUGCAGCUGGCGGUGUUGUCUGGGAAUGAGCCGGGGGUGAGACUACUGCUCCACCGGGGUGCAGAUGUCAAUAUGAGGGGUCCAAAUGGGCGGACAGCCCUGCAUCUAUGUGCCUGCUCUGAAGACAAGAAGAUCCUCCAGCAGCUGAUAGCAGGAGGGGCCAAGGUUGACAUCAGGGAUGGAGACGUAGCUUCACCACUGCAUCUGGCUGCCCGCUGUGGCUCCAGGGCUGUGGUACACCUUUUGAUUCUGAAUGGAGCCGGACUUGAGGAUAGAGACAGUCUCAAAAUGACACCACUGCACUACUCAACACUCAGGGACAAUGUUGAAGCUGCCAAGCUCUUGCUGCACUAUGGGGCAGAUGUGAAUGCUACAGAGAGGUUGGGGCAGACACCCCUGCACCUGGCAUCUGAGAGGGGUCACUGCAAGGUACUGAAGGUUCUGCUUGACAAAGGUGCUGAUCCCACUGUAAGAAGCAGCUGGAGAGAGACAGCAGAGGACGUUGCAAGAACGCACAAUCAGCUCUGUACACUUAAGCUGCUUCAGCAACACCAGAAACUCAGGAUGGGAGAUCGAGCUCAGGAGAGUGCUGCUGUGCACAGAGAGAAAGAAUGACAGUGAAUUAUACCUCUAAUCUAAGUGGAAAACAGCUCUAGAGUGUUUCACUGUUAUUGUCUGUUAUCUGCCUUUUCCCUUACAUAAAUUGUCAUGGUAUCCAUAAUGUCUGCAAAAAAAGAAUACCAGGGUGAAUAUGGGCAAAGUGGGACACUUUUGGAAAUGUUCCUUUUCCUAGAACUUUUAAUAAUGUUCCAAAUGCCAUAGAACAUGACAUUAUACCUCAUAGAAGGCUUAGAAUGUCUACUUUAGUCAAAAGCAAAAAUUAAGAAAUAUUGGAAAGAAGAACCUUUGAAGACCCUCUUUUGACCAAAUCCCAGAUUUUUUCAUCCAAUAUUGUAAAGUGGGACACUUGUAUUGUCAAUGUGGGGCACUUCAUCUCUCUAAUCAUUUACUCGCCCUCAUACCAUCCCAGAUGUGUAUGACCAUUUAUCUUCUGCAGAACACAAAUGAAGAUUUUAAUAAGAAUAUUUCAGCUCUGUAGGUCCUCCCAAUGCAAGUGAAUGGUGACCAAAACUUUGACGCUCCAAAAAGCACAUAAAGGCCAGACUCCAGUGGUUUAAUCCAUGUCUUCUGAAGUGAUCCAAUUGUUUUUUGGGUGAAAACCGACCAAAAUGUAACUCCUUUUUGACUCUAUUGCCAUUGCAGUCUCUACACACGAGAUCAUGAUUUCAAGCUUGAUUACACUUCCUUGUGCUUGACGCAUGCACAGAGCGCUAGAUGGUGCUAGAAAGUGUAAUCAAGCUUGAAGUCAUAAUUGCCAAGGAGUCUUCUUAUGUCAAGAUUUAUAAUGAAAAAUUAGUUAUAUUUUGGUAUGUUCUCACCCAAAACUGAUUGGAUCGCUUCAUAAGACAUGGAUUAAACCACUGGAGUCUUAUGGAUUAGUUUUAUGCUGCCUUAAUGUGCUUUUUGGAGCUUCAAAGAUUUGGUCACCAUUCACUUGCACUGUAUGGUCCUACAGAGCUGAGAUAUUCUUCUAAAAAUCUUCAUGUGUGUUCUGCAGAAGAAAGAAAUUCAUACACAUCUGAAUGGCAUGAUGGUGAAUGAUGAGAGAAUUUUCAUUUUUGGAUGAAAUAUCCCUUUUAUUCUUUACUUCCCAUUGAUUAGAUUAGUAAUGAUUAAUUAACUAUACCACUUUACCCUUUGUCCCAAUUUACCCAUAUUUACCCAAGUUAUUAUUACUAUUGUACAACCAUAACUUCAAAAAGUUUAAGAACCUUUAUUGACAGUGCUGGCUUAUACCAAGUUAACAGUUUUAUUGUAGUAGCAAUACUUGUUGUGCUUCUGCUAUUUUGGUGGAUAGUACGAAUAAACUAGUUUUACAACAUUCUGUCAGUGUCUUAUAAAGCAGGUAUACCUUCAGCACAUUGU